UUUAUUUACUUUUAUUUCAUGAUAAAAAGAAUUUUACGUAAAAGUUUCAUUUCAAAAUUGAAUAUAAAACUGCCAUAAUCUGUGUAUAAAAUGGAACUCGAUCCGGAUAUUGUGAAAGAAUUUGAAAAUCUCGAAGUGUCUACUGAGAAACCAACUGAGGAGCAAUUACGUGAGUUCGACGCAGAUGCGCCAUUGCAGGCACCAGCCAAAACGCUGCAUCCCACUUAUUCGACGAUACCGAAAUUCUUUCAUGCACCACCGCCACAAAACAAUGCACUACGUCAAAAUCUGCGCAAAGAAGCGCAAUCACUCUUUCUACAGAAACGCUCACAAGAGUUGCUGGAUAACGAUGAGCUCGGCGCAUUGUGGACUUUGCUGGAGAAACAUUGCACGCAGGUAACGCCUGUGGGACAGCAACUCAUCUGUUAUGAUGACUACCAAAAGUUGCUGGAAGCAGUGAGCACAAAAUGUCGCAAAUAUUUGACUGCACGUCUAUACGCCAAAUUGCAGUGCCAUUCCAUGUAUCCAGGUAAAGUUGAAAUCGUUUCCAUCUUCAAUUAUACAAUGCGUAAAGUGUGGCUAACACAGGGACGCAUAGGCCUGUCGUUGUACGAUGAAAUCGGCCAAGGUUAUUUGCGCGAAAUCGAUAUGGAGAAUUAUAUUAUUGAUAUUAUACCGACAUUAACACAGAUCAGCAGUUGCGUGCAACCAUCUUUUCAAAGUUUCUAUGUCUGCACGGUGGUGAAAAAAUUUUUCUUCUUUCUCGAUCCAUUGCAUACCGGGCGCAUACGCAUACGUGACAUACUMGGGUCGGGUCUGCUUACCGAAUUGCUAGAACUGCGCGAUGAGGAAACGACAAAAGAGUCGCAGGAGCAAAACUGGUUUUCUAUGCCGUCAGUGCUUACCGUUUAUGGCAACUAUUUAAAUUUGGAUAAAGACCAUAAUGGCAUGCUGAGCAAACAGGAAUUGGCCGGUUAUGGAUCUGGCACGCUGACYUCGGUCUUUCUCGAUCGCGUUUUCGAUGAAUGCCGCACUUUUGAUGGCGAAAUGGAUUAUAAAACUUUUCUCGAUUUCGUUUUGGCGCUCGACAAUAGACACGAACCGCAAUCACUGCAUUAUCUCUUUCGCAUACUAGAUGUGCAACACAAAGGCUACUUGACGGUGCAAACGCUACACUAUUUUUUCAAAGGCAUACAAGAGCAAAUAAACGCAGUUAAUGCGGAAGCGGUGAAUUUCGAAGAUUUGAAAGACGAAAUAUUCGACAUGGUAAAGUCUAAGGACCCAUGCAAAAUUACACUGCAGGAUUUAAUCAAUUGUGGCCAAGCGGAAACUGUCGUCUCUAUACUCAUUGAAUUUCACAAGUUCUGGGCAUACGAAAAUCGUGAGGAUGGCUCACAUAACGUUUAAUUUCCACGCAUUCAAAUCGUAACUUAAUUAUAAGSCUAGGAUAUUAUGUAAAUCGACUUUAGAUUAAGGCGAUGCAGACAGAACAGUUGAAAGGCAGAGCAAUCACUCGUAGCACCGAGUUGUGCCGCUUGAACCAUAAGACUUUGAAUWUGUAAUGUGCUGCCAUUAUUAGGAUAUUCACUAAGCAGUUAAUAAGUACCGAAAAGGUGUAGUUGCGACGUUUACUCUUAAGUGAUUAAGCUUAUUUAUACACAACAACAACAAUGUACAUUCCAGCAAAACGCUACGCAGUAAUUAUUUAUAUGUAAGUAUUUCUGUUUGUUUGUAKUUUUGUUGAUUAGCCACGGCCGCCGUUUUAGCACCAGCGCAAAUUGUGGCGAUCGGCAGUAGCAGGAGUGAAACUAGUUAUUUUUCAUAAGUUAAAAUUAAAAUCCGACCGGCUUUUAUGCCACGCGCGUACCGUUUGCAUUUUUAGUUAAUUUUUUUUUUWAUUUAAUGCGYCUCUGUGCAUGGUGUGCGCACAUUAUUUUUUACUAUUAAGUAGCUUUUAUCUUAUUUUGUUUUGAAGUACUUAAKUGKAUGUGUUUG